GCCACGCCCUGGGCGGGGGCUGAGUGGGGGCGCCGCGCCUGCGCAAAGCGGACCCGCGGACGGUGGCGCUGGGGGCGACACCGAGGUCCCGCUUUCUCCGACUGAGGUAUAUCUCCAUGAAUAACCUAAAUGAUCCCCCAAAUUGGAAUAUCCGGCCUAAUUCCAGGGCGGAUGGUGGUGAUGGAAGCAGAUGGAAUUAUGCCCUAUUGGUUCCAAUGCUGGGAUUGGCUGCCUUUCGUUGGAUUUGGUCUAGGGAGUCCCAGAAAGAAAUAGAAAAAGAGAGAGAAGCAUACCGUCAGAGAACCACUGCUUUCCAACGGGAUCUGGAAGCCAGGUACCAUGCCAUGAUCUCAGAAAAUCGGCGUGCCGUUGCUCAGCUGUCUUUAGAACUUGAAAAGGAACAAAACAGAACGGCUAGUUAUCGAGAAGCCCUUAUCUCUCAGGGACGCAAGUUGGUAGAAGAAAAGAAGCUUCUGGAAGAGGAACGGGCUCAGGUAAUGCAAGAAAAAAGACAGGUGCAGCCUUUGAGAAGUGCGUAUUUGAGCUGCCUCCAAAAGGAAGAGAACUGGCAAAGGAGAGCCGGGCUUCUGCUGAAGGAGUUUGAAGCUGUCCUCACAGAAAGACAGAAUAUCUACUGCAGCCUGUUUCUUCCUCGCAGCAAGCGGCUGGAGCUGGAGAAGAGCUUACUGGUGCGAGCGUCCGUCGACCCUGUCGCUGCUGACCUGGAGAUGGGAGCCGGUCUCACCGACAUAUUUCAGCAUGAUACAUACUGUGGUGACGUCUGGAAUACCAACAAACGCCGGAAUGGCAGACUCAUGUGGCUGUAUCUCAAAUACUGGGAACUCGUUGUUGAACUGAAAAAGUUUAAGAAGGUAGAGAAAGCCAUCCUCGAAAAGUAAAACAAGAAUGAAAUAAAGCUGCUUUUAGUGACUCGAGGCCAGGCAGUCGUGUGCCUCCUGGGUCUCCGGCGUCUUCUGUCCCUUCUGCCCGGGCCGUGGCCACAUCAUCAGCCAUCAGCAGCGCCCUACACUCCUGCCACCCUCUGAGCAGAAGGGCAGCGAAGCCGCAGAGACAGAGGGUUUCCUGCUGAUGCUUGCAGCUGCUGGGGAUACAGUUUAUCUGAAGCAUUUUUAAGCUGCCAGUAUUGUAUUAAGCAGAAGUGUCACCUCGUAUUUCAGCUCCAGGGUAAAAAAAAAGUCAAAUACAAUACUGGUCCUUACCACAAGUAAUUUUCUGUCUGUUUUAUCACUUCCUAAAUACUUUCUCCUCAAAUUAUUUUUCUCUCUCCCCAGAUUACAUUAAGAAUUUGUCAGAUAAUGUUUAGAACUGCAUAACAGAUAAUAGAAAGUGGUAAUGUUACAUUUUCAAGGUUUUAUAUUUUAAAGAUCUCUCUCACCCCAUAAAGGGGAAAAACACGAAGUGUUUCCUGUAUCCAGUUGUUAUUUAAUGUAUGUUUGGAAUCUGGCUUGUGUCUGUAUUCAGCAAGCAGAUAUUUGUUAGCAAUGAUGAUAUUUACUCAGAAAUACUCGCCAUUAUAAGUAAUAAUGCCACCUUUUAUUUGUGUAACUCUUCACUCUUUACAAAACGUUUUUAUACACAUUAUUGUUUACCGCAGCGACAAGGUGGACAGGCAUUUACCAGCCGUGUCACACGUGGCUGCUGGAAGUUGAGCCCAUGUCCACAUUCACUCAUGUGGUCCUCAUUCUAAUCCUAUGAAGUAAGAGUUACCAUUAUUCU